UACCUGGUUGUGCUGGAAGAUGAUUCCUUCAGCUCUUCCUCAAUUUGAAGAUUUUUAAAAUAUGAUGCGGGUACAAACGCUAUGGCUCUGGAGUUCAACCAUGACCUACAAAAGGCUUCACACCUUGAUGCCCUGGCUGGCAAGAAUGAAGCAUAUGUAGCAGUGACUCACAGCUCCUCCCCUAUUGCUACAGGGAGUGUUGACAUAUUCACCAUUAAGGAUAAAUCUGGUUCUGUGGAGAUGGAGAAAAUGCAGACCUUGAAGGUGCCUGGUGCUUUGGCAAGUAACUUUGGAGAAUUGACCAAGUAUGAUGUGGGUCUCUUCAUCCAGACUGAGCAUGGUGUUCAUGUGUAUGUUUUGAAGGGAAUGCAGUUCGUGUACGAAAGGAUGGUAAAAACUGUACCUGCACGGAAACCCUUCUCAUUCCCAUUCUACCAUACGGGCCAGAAUACCACCUUCCUUCUGUACGCUGGCAAUGAUGUUGAAGGUGGACAGCUAGGUGGAAAGCAAGAGCUUAUGAAGCAGUCUACAGGAGAUCGGAGGAGCGGGGGAACAACCCGGGAAAGUUUUGGUGCCCCAAAGCACAAUCACACGUACAGUGAGUAUUUAAAAUUCCGAGCAGGGGCUGCUGAUCGAGAGUUUGGGGGCUCUUUCGGAAACCGCACUGCUUUCAAAUAG